GACCACCAAAGAAAACGAUGCCUUUCUUAUCCAGAAAAAGCCACAAAGAGGCCCGGAUAAAAAGGAGGCCAGAAUUCACAUGUUAAAGUGAACGAAUGAUUCAUUAUUUUUAUGCCAAACUUUAUAGGAUUCCAAUUCCAAUUCCCCUUUGAGGAUAUAGAACACAACAUUAGUUUAGUGCUUUUGAUCUUUCUCUAGCAUCUAUUCUUCUACUUGCUCUUAGUUCUUUCAAGCUUUGGCAGUGAUUCUUUGAAGUGUACAAUGAACGAUUGGGCUCCUCCUCUCAUAGCUGCAGCACUAUUUUGGCUCUUGUCCCCAGGAAUGAUCUUUCAGUUGCCGGGGAAGAAUGCACCCUUUGAGUUCAUGAACAUGAAGACCACUGUUGCAUCCAUGUUUGUGCACACUGUAAUUUAUGGUUUGCUUCUCAUGUUGUUCUUCGUUGUUCUUAGUGUUCAUCUGUAUAUUUAAGCACCACCAAGCUGCUUUCUCUUUUGAACUAGUUGUACACUCUUCUUAUAUAAACCAUUAUAUAUGUGUAUGUGCCCCUUUUGACAUAUUUCCACUUGAUUUGUCUUCUUCUUUGGUUACUGAGACUUUUCAUGAGUAAUCUGCUAUUUGUGUAUUAUUGGAAGUGUUGUGUAAUUAUCCAAUACUAGUUAUUUAUGUUCGUAGAGCAUCUCACAUGAUGUUCGUAUAGCAACUGGAAAGUGGUUGUUAUGUUACUUUCAUAUGAUACAUUUCUUUU